AUGUACAAGUGUAGUCACUGCCAUUACAGGUCAGAUUCACCAAAGAGUUAUUCGCAACACUAUGCUAUUCAUAAGUAUGUUAACAAGACCAGUUUUCCAUGCGGUGUGCCUGGAUGUACCAGGGAAUUCAGGGUUUAUGAAAGCUUCACUUCACAUCUAUCACGGGAUCACUCAAAGGUUAAGACUUUGCGAAGUGGCACUGAGAAAACAUCAGAUGCCAGCAGUUCUACUACCCCAGGUCACCAGCCUGGGCAGGUUGGUGGUCCCCAAGGUCUACUUGAGGUUGAGGUUGAUUUAACCUGCUCUCAUUGUGAGAUGACCUGUAGCCAAUACAGUGUGUUGCUGGCUCACCUGAAACAGCACAUAAAGAAUGGAGUUGUGGUCACUUGCCCUUUCAAAGGUUGCAUAUCACAGUAUAGGGUCAUAUCUUCCUUGACUUCACAUUUGUCUCGAAUUCAUCAGGUAUUGCAGCAGUCAAAUUCUGAAAAUGGUUCUUGUGCCAUGUCACCCUCUGUUGAGUGCGGGGUUGUUGGAGACAACAUUGGAGCUGAUGAAAACUUGCAAAACAUGGACAACCAACAGCAACCUCUUCCUGCUGUGGAGGAACAUGAGAAUUUUGAUGAUGAUUUGUCUGAUGAUGUUUUUCUUGAAAGUGUAGCUCUCUUUUAUCUACAGCUUGAAUCAAAGCAUCAUGUGCCACAAUCCACUCUACAGAAGAUUAUUACGGGCAUUUGUGACUUCCACGAUAGAAGCCAAGAGCAAGUGCAGAUUCAAUUGAAAAAAAUUCUUGAAGAAGAGGGCAUUACUCCAGACCGAAUACCUCUGAUAGUCAAUGAGGUUUUCAGCAAUGAUCUCUUUCAUCUUGUGAACAACAGCCAUGAUGGUACUUUGAGGUCAAAUUAUUGCCGAAAGAAGUUUUACAAGAGCAAUUUGAAUUAUAUUGAGCAUGUACAAAUACGGUUAGGUAGAGAUGGGAAAAAUUUUGAACGGCACUAUCAAUAUGUCCCCAUACGAGAGACAAUUGAGUCCUUCUUCCAAGAUACAUCAGUGCAGAAACAAUAUGACAUGAAACCAACUUCUGCAAGUGGCAUUUAUGAAGAUGUACACAGUGGAGUUGUUUUCAAAAAUCAUGAACUCUUUGGGACCAAUCCUCAUGCAGUACCUAUUCUUCUUUAUCAGGAUGCCUUUGAGGUUGUUAAUCCCUUGGGAUCGGCAAAAAAUAAGCACAAAAUUCUGGCAGUCUAUGCAACAUUUGGGAAUUUACUUCCUCAGAAUCGGUCUAAAAUUGAACCGCUGCAAUUGGUCCUUCUCUGCAGAGAAAAGGACUUCAAGUACUUUGGCAUGGAUGUGGUUUUUUGGAAGGCUGGUGACUGA